AGGCGGCUAGAAGGGGCGGAGGGCAGCGCGAGCGGAGCGCAGCAGAGCAGAGCAAGAGCGGCGCAGGGACAAGGGCCUCGGCCGCCUUCUUGCCGUUUCGCCGCCGACCCCGAGCCGUCGCCCCGCCGACCCUCCUCCCCAGCUCCGAGCCGUCGCCAUGGUGAAGACCGUGGGCAGCCUGGUUCAGUUUGAGGAAGAACUGAAAUCUGCUGGUGACAAGCUUAUAGUAGUUGAUUUCUCAGCCACAUGGUGUGGACCAUGCAAAAUGAUCAAGCCCUUUUUCCAUAGUUUGUCUGACAAGUAUAGUGAUGUGGUGUUCAUUGAAAUUGAUGUGGACGAUGCCCAGGAUGUUGCUGCACACUGUGAUGUGAAGUGCAUGCCGACGUUCCAGUUCUACAAGAGUGGGAAGAAGGUGCAGGAGUUCUCUGGGGCCAAUAAAGAAAAGCUGGAAGACACCAUUAAAAAUCUAGUCUAAUCUACAGCUGUGGAGACAUUGAAGCAUGAUUGCUUUGGCCUGUGACUUUUCUACUUAAAAGAUCUAAACAAGGUAGCUAGGUUAAGUGGUGGAAACUAUCCUCUUGAUCUAUGUAAAUGAGUACAAUAAAGUGUAAGUUCUUCA